AUAUAGUAAUUAAUUGGAGACUCAUUUAAAGUUAACGAAAUCAGACGAAGAAAAGUACUUUCUCUGAAUAAACAUUUUCUUUUUAUCUAUGGAUUUACAAUCCUGACCCUCAACAUAUGGAUGCAAUCUGGAAAACAUGAUCCCUGUUGAAGAGAAGUGCAUUGUAUAGACUACCAUCACAAUUUUCUAAAGGUCGAAACGAUGGAAACACUCUCGGAAUUCUAUGCUGGAAAAACCAUAUUUACAACUGGAGCAGCAGGAUUCUUAGGAACGUACUUAUUGCAACUUCUACUAACAUGUUUCCCAGGAAUUGUACGUAUCUAUAUCCUAAUAAGGUCAAAACAAGGUCACGAUCCAAUAGAAAGAAAGGAACAGAUUCUUAAGAAAAAGAUUUUUCGUAAAAUAUGUGAAAACAACCCAGAACUACUGGAUAAGAUUCAUGUCAUCCCAGGUGACAUUUCUAAACCUAAUUUAGGAAUGAGUGAAGAGGACAUGAGAAAAAUAUGCGAAGAAGUCACAGUAGUUUUUCAUGGUGCAGCAUCUGUAAGUUUUACACAACCUUACAGAUCUAUAUGUUUUCAAAAUGCUAAGAGUACAGAUUAUGUUAUAGACCUGUGUAAAAGGCUUAAAAAAUUAGACGUUUUAGUUUACACAUCAACUGCUUAUGCUAAUUGUCACAGAUAUCCAAAAACAAUUGAAGAAAAAGUCUACACAUUGCCUUUUAGUGCUGAAAGAUUUAUUGAGGAAAUGGAGAAUGGUACUGAUGAAUCAUUUGAUGAGCUUGUAUCUUCAUUAGAAUCAAAAUUUAAUCUAAAGUGGCCUAACUCAUAUACCUUCAGUAAAUGUUUGACGGAAAAUCUUUUGCUUGAAAAAGCCUCCGACUUACCUGUUGCAAUUGUAAGACCAUCUAUAGUAUUUACUGCUUAUAAAGGUGUACGACCAGGUUAUAUAGACGAAGGAACCGGCGUAACUGAUUUGUCAGUAGGGGUUGGAAAAGGUUUCGUCAAAGUCAUUCGUGGUGAUAGUGACUCCAUAUUUGACGUCGUUCCAAUAGAUGUAUGUGCAAAUUGUCAUGUUCUUGUCGCUUGGUGUGUGGCAACGGGCAGGCGUCCUUCGAUGUUUGUAGUUCACAAUACACUUGGUGAUAAGUUGAAGUUGAAAUUUGGACAGUACUUGAGUAUUAUGUACGAUCUAACGGUAGUCCAUCCUCUUCCAAAUUCCUUCCAAGAAAUGUCUUUUAUAAUGGUUAAAAGCAAAUUAAUGUACAAAAUAAUAGCACUUUACAGACAUUACAUUCCAGCAGCAGUCAUAGAUCUAUACUUGAGCUACAAAGGCAGUAAACUCAGAUUGGUUAAGCUGUAUCGAUUUUUUGAUAAAAUGACAGAGAAAUUGUAUUAUUUCAUGUCAACUUCAUUCAAUUUCCAAACCGUUAAUCUCCAUGGCCUUACCAACGAGCUCCAACCAGAAGAAAAAAAGUUAUUUUACCUUGACCUUGGAGGAGCCAGUUUUGCGGUUAUGGUUGAAAAUAUGCCAUUUGGAAGCGAAAUAUUUGAUUGGGAAAGAGACAAACUUCCUCAAAAAAAAAGGCAAAAGAUAGUUUAUGUGCGUACCAUGGUGAUCACUUUCAUCAAAAGAUUCACUCUUCUCUUAUUUAUUCUAGUUUUAUAUUUCACAAUUUCCAAAGUAUUCUUUUAAAAUAAUUUUUAAAGAUGUCACAACACAUCUAAAAUAUUUCACUUAAGAUUUAUUUCAAUUAAAAUUAUUUUAUUGUUUCGUUUUUCACAUCAUAAAAGCAUGCAAAAUCUGAAGACGUAUUCGACUUGUAACUAAAGGUAAUAACAAUAAUGCAUUUUUAAAGGACAAAAGCAUUUUUUUUUUAAAUUCAGAUUUAUUCAAUAUUUUGCAAUUAUUAAUCCUGUUAAUCGUAGUUUAUUUUUACACUUUCAUAUCAGAUUCUUAUUCAACAAAGCAAUUAUAGAGAUUAUAUAGAUAACAUCAAAAUAUGGAAAUAAAUUAUGUUUUACUUAUUUAAAAUGAUUAAAGGAUAGAAUUUAAAUAUUAAAUAAAAAUUAAAUGUUCUUUUAUUCAUUUCAUUACAAACAUUGAAAAAGUAUCAUGAACAUUUCUUUACAGUUGCGUAUUAUAUCUUACACUGUGUUAUCAUGAAUGAGUUAUUAGUCUUUCUUUUUAAGCUCUUUUAUGUAUCAUAUGUAGAUAUUUUACUCAUAAUAAUUGUUUCUGUAUAAUUUAAGCAAUUCCUAUUUUAUAUCUUUUGCUGGAUCGUGCAAUGUACAUACUGUUAUGUGUAACUGUGAAUAAAUGUUGAAACUUUUAAAAUUCAAAGUUA